AUGUUUAAUCCACAUUUGUUAGAUGUCCCUGCUGUAGUUAUUGACAAUGGUUCAGGCCUCUGUAAAGUGGGAUUAUCUGGAGAUAUUGGACCCCGUCAUGUUGUCAGCUCAGUCGUGGGGCAUCCUAAAUUUAACUUACCAUCUGCAAGAAGCAAUCGAAUCAAGUACUUUGUGGGUGAUGAAGCUCUAGACAAAUAUGGUUCCCUGUAUUUACACCGCCCCAUAGAACGUGGGCAGGUUACAGGGUGGGAUGAUAUGGAGAAACUUUGGAACCAUCUUUUUGAAGUAGAGCUGAGAGUAAAACCAAAUGAGCAGCCUGUAAUCAUGACUGAGCCCUCCUUGAACCCAAGAGAAACUCGAGAACGAAUUGCAGAAACCAUGUUUGAGAAAUUCGAUGUCCCAGCCUUUUACCUGGCCAACCAUGCAGCAAUAGCUCUUUAUGCCUAUGCCUGUGUCACCGGCCUUGUGAUAGACAGUGGCGAAGGACUUACUUGCACUGUUCCCAUCUUUGAGGGUUAUGCUCUGCCUCAUGCAGUCACCAAGCUCUGUGUGGCAGGAAGAGACAUCACCGACCAUCUCACCCGACUCCUCCUUGCAAGCAAGUGCAUCUUCCCUUGUAUAUUCAACAAAGCAGUGGUGGAUGAGAUCAAGGAGAGUAUGUGUUACAUCACCUUGGGAUCAAAUAAAGAGCUAUGCAAGAGGGUGGAGGAAUACACACCUCCGAGAGAAUACAUACUUCCAGAUGGUCAUGUCAUCUCCAUUGGGGACAGUAUGACCAAGGUGCCAGAGGUUCUUUUUUCACCGGAUCAGCUGGGCAUCAACAGCCCGGGACUCUCAGAAAUGGUUUCCAGCAGCAUCAUGAAGUGUGACACUGACAUCCAGAAGAACCUGUUUGCAGAUAUUGUGCUGUGUGGUGGCACCACUCUCUUCCAGGGACUGGAGGAAAGACUUAUGAAGGAACUGGAACCACUAGCUUUUGAAGGGAACCCCAUCAAGAUCACAGCUUCUCCUGAUAGAUGUUUCUCUGCAUGGAUCGGUGCAUCUGUUAUGACGUCUCUGAGCACAUUCAAGCAGAUGUGGGUCACUGCUGCAGAAUUCAAGGAGUUAGGGCGAUCUGUGGUUCAGAGAAAAUGCUUUUAA